AUCCCUGGGGAAAGUAGUGAUGGACCUGAAGGACUUUUGCCUGAGCGAGAACUUCCAGUUCCUGAACCAGCACAACCUUUUGGAUCCGUCCACCUCUGAUGACCCGCCGUCCCCGACCGACGCGGCGCUCAAAGCCGACCCGCUGAGCCCGUCGUUCGGGCUGGACAGCAGCGCGACCCCGUUCAGCCCCGGGAGCGCGUCGGACAGCAGCGGCUACAGCGUGUUCUCCCGAAACCCGUCUCUGACCCCGGACUCGCCGGUGAGCUCCAGCUCCAUCUCCAGCACCAGCGCCCCGGCGCUCUUCCACCCGGCGGGACACACAGAGUCUCUCCUCAGCGACUUCAUCCCCUCGCUGAACCCCGGGCCCAAGCGCCUGUGUCUGGUGUGCGGAGACUUCGCGUCCGGCUACCACUACGGCGUGGCGUCCUGCGAGGCGUGCAAGGCCUUCUUCAAAAGAACCAUUCAAGGGAACAUCGAGUACAGUUGUCCUGUGGUGAAUGACUGCGAGAUCACCAAGAGACGGAGGAAGUCUUGCCAAGCCUGUCGUUUCCAGAAGUGCCUGCGUGCCGGCAUGAUGAGAGAGGGUGUGCGCAUGGACCGCGUCAGAGGAGGCCGGCAGAAGUACAAGCGCAGAGCCGACUCGGCACUCUCUCUCUUCACCAAAACACCUUACACACAUCCAAGCAAACCAAUCAGAAACAAAGUGAUCUCUCAGCUGCUGGUGUGUGAACCGGCUCCUCUGCGAGCCACUCCUGACCCCGCGACCCCUGACAGUGACCUUAAAACACUGAUGACCUUAUGUGACCUUCUAAACAGGGAGCUCCUGGUUAUGAUUGGCUGGGCUAAACACAUCCCAGGAUUCUCUGGCCUGUCUCUGGUGGAUCAGAUGGCUUUGCUCCAGAGCGGCUGGAUGGAGACGCUGGUCCUGAACGUGGUGUGGAGAUCUCAGGCCUCGGCCGACGAGCUUCAGUUUGCGGAGAACCUGCGCCUGAGCGAGAGCCAGAGCCGAGCCGUGGGACUGCCGGACCUCUACACGGCUCUCCGACACCUGGCCGUCAGAUACCAGCAGAUGAGCCUGAGCCAGGAGGAGAUGCUCACGCUCAAAGCCAUGGCUCUGGCCAACUCAGACGCAGAGAACGUGGAGUGCGCAGACGCAGUGCAGUGCUUCCAGGACGGGCUCCACGAGGCGCUCCAGGAGUACGAGAGCGCGCAGAGACCGGCAGAGCCGCACCGGGCCGGGAGACUCCUGAUGACGCUGCCGCUGCUCCGACAGACGGCACACCGGGCCGCGCGCUCCUUCAGCCGGAUACACGCGCAGGGACGCGUGCCCAUGCACAAACUCUUCCUGGAGAUGCUGGACGCCAACAUCUAGACUCGACUCGCACACUGUGGACUGAGCCAGGGGCG